UGGGUUGAACAAAAUAAAUUGUUUUUAUCUUAUGAAUUAUUCCUUAAUCAUAGGCAUACAUUAUUAGAAUAAUACACCCUUUCAUCGUAAUCUCAAUCUCUUUCAAGAUUAUGUACGCACAGCCUUGCCUUAUGCGUGCUCUGUAUCUAUAUGUGUGUGUAUAUAUAUAAUCCCAUCCCAGCUGUCCACCCUCAUCGCCCCUCUCUCUCUCUUUCACUGAACACUUUUCUCUGCAGUAGCAGCGGCGCCUUUUUUGCGAUCCCAAUUUCUGUUCACCACAUUUUAUUAUUAUUAUUAUUAUUAUCAAUUUUUAAUUUAUAAUUUAUAAUUUGUUUUAGUAGCUUCCUUGUUUCGUUGCUAUUAAAUCUCUCAUUCAUUACCCGUGUCGAAGGUAUCGCCUUGUGUUUCUCUCCGACCACCACCACCACCUAUUUUCUAUACAAAACACAGCGAGCUCCAUUACUGAUUCCCAAAGUUCUAUUCUUUCUUUCUUGCUGAUUUUUGGAGUAAGCUCUUUUUUUUUUUUGGUUGGAGGCUCUCUAGGCUUUAUGCAAGUGUGCUGUGAUCCUUAAUUCUGAUUGAUUUCGUUCAAAUCAAGCGUCUUAAUAGAUAGAAAGGGCGCACUGCUUUUUGUCAAAGAUCUGAACUUUUUGGCUCCCUACUCUGUAACCGUUUUUAGCUUUCUGCACAUUGUUAUUAUUUAAAGGAUAAGGGUAUAUACAUAAAUCUAUACAUGUUCUAGAGGGGCCCUUUUAAUGUUUUUAAGGAUAAGGGUAGUUGAAAUGUGAAUAUAUGAAUUAAUUUACCCAUUAAAGUGAUUUGAUGCUCAAAAGGGGUAAUUGAGAUUGAUCAUUCUUUAGAAGAUUCAUGAUGGAAUGUCAAUUGAUUUAUUCUUGCCGAGAUUAUCAUCCAUUGAUCGAGGAGUGGAUUUUGUAGCUUGAUUAGAGAGAUUGAUUUCAGUCGAAAGCCCUUUGAGAGGGAUAUAUUUGUGAUUGGGAAUUCAAAACGGAUCCAAAUACGGAGAAUAGGGGGUGUGACUGUGUGGGUGGUCUGGAGUGCAUAUUUAAUAUAAUCAGGGCCCUAAGAAUGGGUUCCUGCCUAUCCUGUGAAAGCAGUAGGAGCCCUAGGGCAGGUUCUCCAAUGGGGGUCCGAAAGAGGAAGGGGGGGUCGAAAAGGAGAAUGGGGUCUCGUAAUUCUUCCUUUGACUAUAGGAGUGAGGAACAGUUGCAUAGGACACCUGGCAGGAUGUUCUUGAACGGUUCGAGCGAUACUGCUUCACUCUUUACACAGCAGGGGAGGAAAGGAACUAAUCAAGAUGCCAUGAUUGUUUGGGAGAACUUCGGUUCAAGAACAGACACAGUCUUCUGUGGGGUUUUUGACGGGCAUGGUCCUUACGGGCACAUGGUUGCAAAACGAGUUAGAGAUUGUCUUCCACUAAAGCUAAGCUCACACUGGGAAGUCAAUAUAAAGAACGACGAGAUUCUUAGGGAUGUCAGUUUAAAUACCUCAAGCAGUAGGUGCUCCGAAGAUGCUUCCUUCUUCUCUGCCGAUACUGAAGUUGCUAGAGCUUCCAUUGACGAGCAACCAGAGGUGUUCCAUACUUUGAAGGAAUCUUUUCUCAAGGCUUAUAAAGUCAUGGACAGAGAAUUGAAAAUGUACGCAAAUAUCGAUUGCUUCUGUAGUGGAACUACAGCUGUCACUAUGGUGAAACAGGGUCAAGAUCUUAUAAUUGGAAAUGUUGGGGACUCGAGAGCUGUGUUGGCUACAAGAGAUGAAAAUAAUUUGCUUACGGCGGUUCAGUUGACUGUUGACCUCAAACCUAAUCUUCCAGGUAUGGGUUUUUUUUUCGUUUGUUUUUUUUUUUUUGGGGACAAUUUACUAAUCGCCUCUUGUGUUGCAGGGGAAGCAGAGAGGAUUCGGAAAUGUAAAGGACGUGUUUUUGCGCUGCAUGACGAACCGGAGGUUGCACGAGUGUGGCUGCCAAACAAUGACUCACCGGGGCUAGCUAUGGCUCGUGCGUUUGGUGAUUUCUGUCUAAAGGACUUUGGUCUUAUCUCUGUGCCCGAAGUUUCGUAUAGACGCAUCACUGAUAAGGAUGAGUUCAUUGUCUUAGCCACAGAUGGGAUUUGGGACGUGCUGUCGAACAAGGAAGUAGUGGACAUAGUGGAAUCUUGCUCGACACGUUCUAGUGCAGCUAAAAGCCUAGUGGAGUGUGCGGUGAGGGGUUGGAGGUCAAAAUAUCCGACUUCAAAAGUGGACGACUGUGCUGUGGUUUGCCUUUUCCUAGGAGCAGACGAGACUAGUUGUGCUUCGACGAUAAAAUCCAAACAAAGUAUUAUACCGGAAGAUGCGACGGGAGAAAAAGAUGAAUGUCCAGGUCCGACUGGACUGAAGCGUUCUGGGACGGUGAGAAACGAGGAAAAUGAGGUGGUUGGAGAAGAAGAGGAUGGGGAUAUUGAAGAAGAUGAUGAAAGAAGGAGUAUUGGAAUUGGACAAGAGUGGUCAGCACUUGAAGGAGUAUCUAGAGUGAAUACACUUCUUACAUUGCCGAGGUAUGUACCGGGUAAAGAAGACGACGUUGAGGCCAAGAAGGGUAAAAAAUGACAGACGAUCAUCAUCAUCAUCAAACUAUUUAUUUGUUUAUUUAUAUAUAUGUUUAAUUCCUUGUACUGAUUUGUUUUUUGUAGAAUGAUAAUUGGUUAUGGUAGUUGUGGGGAUGAUGAGGUGGACCCAACGGCCGGAUAAUAUUAGAUUUCCAGGAGAGCCAUCCCCUUUCUCUCUCUCUUUGUCUGUUUAUGUUUGUGUUGUGUCUCUCUCAUAUAUAUUAUAAGAAUGGAGUUUUUUUGUUUUGUAUCAUCAA